AUGGUUUCAAGCAAAUCCUUGUUAAAGGAUCAAGUGCUCCCAUCGACACAACAAGACUUGGAAGAGGAUAAACAUGGAGAGAAUCACUUAGAGGGCAAAGGAUCCUACCUGAAAACUGCAGUUUUCGGAGGACUAGAUGGGGUCCUCACAAUGUUUGCCGUUGUUUCUGGAGCAGUUGGAGCUGCAGUUACACCGCAAAAGAUCCUUUCCCUAUCGCUUGGAAGCCUUCUUGCUUCAGCGUUUUCGAUGGCAUACGGUGAAUACAUAAGUACGAAAGCGGAAUUGGAUUUUGUGAACUCAGAAAAGGCUCGAGAGGAAUUUGAGAUUUUGAAUUGCCCUGAGGUUGAGCAGAAGGAGAUGUUUGACAUAUAUACAAAACGGUACAACUUCUCAAAAUCAGAAGCAAAUACACUGGUCGAAGUUUCUUUUAAGAAAAAGGAUUUCUUCCUCAAACAUAUGAUGGUCGAAGAGUUAGGAAUUAUGCUUGAGUCAACAGAGUCAACGCCCUUGAAAAAAAGCCUCAUGAUGGCAUUAAGUUUCAUAGUAAUGGGAUUAUUCCCCCUAGUUGGCUACCUAUUCCUUGUACUCUUUGGAAAGGAAGAAACCGACGGCGAAUUCUUCACAUUUUUAUUCACCGUAAUCUUCAGUGUUCUGGGCUCAGCAUUACUGGGAUACUUCAAAGGGAAAAUACUUGAAACAGAACGAGUUCCGCUCAGCGUUUUACAUGACGCUCAACGGGUUCGUAGUAGGGCUAAUUUCAUAUCUGAUUGGGUUGUUAACAUCAGCUAUGUAAAGUUGAGAGUUUCCAGAAGUUGGAUUAGAACUGAGGAAAUGCUUUAA